AUGGUAUCUAAUGAAUUAAAUUGUGAACCGUACAAAAGAAAUAAUACCAAAUUAGAUGGCACAACAAGUAUAAAUUCCUUUUAUAAUAGAGAUGGUUUAUUAUUAAGAACAUAUUCAUGGAUAGUAAAAGGAGCUAUCGGUAUAUUUGUAUUAGUACAUGGUUUAAAUUCACAUAUAAGGUUCGAAUUUUUAAGACACAAUGCAGAUAUAGUUAGUAAUGAUAAGGUAAUAAUAAAAGACUUAGAUGAUUAUUAUAUAUACAAAGAUAGUUGGAUAGAAAAAUUAAAUGAGAAAGGUUAUUCAGUCUAUGGUUUAGAUUUACAAGGGCAUGGAGAAUCUGAAGGAUGGGAAAAUUUAAGAACGAAUGUAAAAGAUUUUGAUGAUUUAGUAUAUGAUUUUAUACAAUAUAUUAAUAUAAUUAAUGAUUCUGUACAAUCUGAAAAUGAGGAUAAUAAUUCUUCAUUAAAUAUGAUUGAAAAUUGUACGGGUGAUAUUGGUGUAUAUGAACAUAAUACUAAAGAAAGUCAUUUAUUUGAAAAUGUUAAGGACGUAAAUGGUGUAUCAGAAUGUGAUACUAUACAAGUUCAUUCAUGUGAGAAUAGUGUAACUAAAAAUAAUAAACAUUGCCCUGUUCCAAUAUAUAUCAUGGGGUUAUCUAUGGGAGGAAAUAUAGUUUUAAGAGCUCUAGAAUUAUUAGAAAAAGAAAUACACCCGAAGAAAUAUAUGAAUAUAAAAGGUUGUAUAUCUUUAUCUGGAAUGAUAAUGCUUGAAAAAUUAUCGUCAGUCAAUUCUAUUAAAUUUAAAGGUGUGUAUGAUAUAAUGAAAUUUGUGGGUAAUCAUUUUCCGAAAAAUAGACUUUUUAAAAGAUUCAAAUUUUCUAAACAUCCAUAUAUUAAUGAUCUUAUAUAUUAUGAUAAAUUAAGAUAUCAAAAAUGGAUAACUGGUCAGUUUGCUUUUCAGAUAUUUAAAGCAAUUGAAAAUUUAAGAGAAGAUAUAAAUUUUAUACCAAAAAAUAUACCAUUAUUAUUUGUUCAUUCAAAAGAUGAUUCUGUAUGUUCCUUUGAAGGGGCUAUGGAAUUUUACAAUGAUCUUGAUAUGAAUAAUAAAGAAUUUUAUCCUCUAGAUAUUAUGGAACAUAUGUUACCUAUGGAACCUGGAAAUGAACAAGUGUUAGGGAAAAUCUUAGACUGGAUAUCUAAUUUGAAUAAUAACGAUAACACCAGUGAAUACAAUACAAUUGGUGAUGUCACAAAAGUAGAAGAAUAUAUUGAAUAA